CGUGGGGACUGCAUGACGCGACGGCGGCGGCUCUCUACUGCCACUGAAUCCCAGAAAUCGCAAGAAAUCACUCGUUCAUGAACUGGAAGCUUAGCCGACAGAGCGAUAUGUUCAAUCUCCGCGCGACACGACCUUUGUUCUUGCGGGCGGCUAAGUACCCAUCUCGAUCAUGGCCUCGGACACCGCUGCUCCCUCCAACCCCCCUGCGCUUCAGGCGCCUAUCAACCGAAGCAACGCACCAUGGCAUCUCUCUUACAGCUAUACCGAAAAAGAAGCCACAGAGCAUUCUGAUCGUGAAUAAGCUACGCACACCACAAGUGGUUCGGGCCAUUGACGCCAUACUCGAGCAUGUGGACAGGACGUAUCCCAACGUGAGGGUCUUUCAUGAAGACCGGCCCGACAUCCCCCACGGCGCCGAGGUGUGGCGUCCAGGCCAAGACUCCCCAAAAAUUGACCUUGUCGUGACCCUAGGAGGCGACGGGACCAUACUGCAUGCCUCAUCAUUAUUUAGUACCGAUGCUGUACCCCCGGUACUCAGCUUCUCUAUGGGCACCUUGGGAUUCCUACUACCUUUCCAUGUCGACGACUACGCCAGAGCUCUCGAGAGUGUCUUCGAAGGGAAGGCUACGGUCCUGAAUCGCAUGCGCUUAGCAUGCUCCUUCUACGACACCGACCUCAAAAGGAAGGGAGUCCCUGGCGAAAACUGGCAGGUGAUGAACGAAGUCGCGCUGCACCGUGGUGCUAGCCAACAUCUCGUCACGAUGGAUAUCUUCGUUGACGGGCAGCAUCUUACUGAAGGAGUCUCGGAUGGCCUCAUAAUGUCAACACCAACGGGAUCAACAGCGUACUCACUAUCAGCAGGCGGACCAAUCGUCCAUCCAUCACUCAGCGCUAUCGUGCUGACACCUAUCUGCCCUCGGAGCCUCUCAUUCCGGCCACUGGUCUUCCCAGCCUCAUCGUCGGUGACUGCCAGGAUUGGCAAGCACAGUCGCUCCCACGCCUCCGUCUCCAUGGACGGACGUGUCACCCAAGUCCUCGAGCCCGGCGAGAGCGUCACAGUGCAGGCCUCCCCAUUCCCCGUCCCCUGCAUCAACCGCUCCAGUAUCGCCGACGACAGCGAGGAGAUACUCGGUAAUGGACCCAAACGCGAUGGGGAGGGCGCAGGACCGGGGAAGGAGGACGACUGGGUGCGGGACAUCAACAAUCUGCUGCAGUAUAACGCGACGUUCAGGAGUAAGGCUUUGUUGAGGCACAGUCGUACUUGACGUCGAUAGUUGCUUCGACUACGUCUACUGUGGUGUUUGAGAAGAUGGAAGUCACGACUCUCUUGAUACGAUCAUCUCACCCGUUGGCUUCAACACCG